AUGCUAACAAAUUGGUGGUCAUUAGUACUCACCGGGUCUGCCGGUGCAGUUGCUGAAUUGACGCUGGACUCUAAGUUGAAAUACUGGGUGCUGUUACCGAUCUCCAUCGUCAUGGUGUUGGCCGGCGUUCUUCGUCAGUAUAUUAUGGAGCUUAUCGAGCCUAAGACUAAAGGUAUGCCACGGGCAAAAAUCACUGAGACCCAAUACAUCAAUAAAGCUCAGGCGUUUUUGGGCAAUAACUCAAAUUUAUCUGAGGAAUCAUUCCAGGCAAGACAGGCAUACUUGACACAAUUGCUGUCAGAAGGCAAAUUUUUGGCUCAGGCCAAGACUGAAGAAGGACAAGUACAAAAUCCUUUCACUGAUCCAAACAUGUCUGAUGCUGUGAUGAGUAUGGCCAAGGGAAAUAUGGCAAAUUUUAUUCCUCAAACGAUAAUAAUGUGGUGGGUUAAUCAUUUCUUUGCCGGUUUCGUCCUAAUGAAACUGCCAUUCCCACUUACCCCCAGGUUCAAGGAGAUGUUACAAAGCGGCGUGAUGACUUCAGACUUGGAUGUUCGUUGGGUCAGCAGUAUCUCAUGGUAUUUCAUUUCCGUCCUUGGUUUAAAUCCAGUCUACAAUCUUAUUCUGUCGUCCCCCAAUGAGGAUCAGAUGGGCAUGAUGCAGCAACAGGAUCCCAUGGCCAACAUGCCAGGACAGCCACAGGCAGAGGCCAUUUGCAAGAGUUUAGCCAACGAUUUAACCAUCGCCCAGCAUGAAAGUUGUUUUGAAAACAUUGAAGAGAGGAUACUAGAGAAAUAUGCAAAAUGA